AUGGCCGAGUUUGAACAACAAUUGGAUAUAAUUGCUAAAAUUCUUGAUGAUCUAACCUCUCGUUAUGCUGCUGACAAAGAGGGGGAGAAAGACCUACCUCAAGUUUUUGUUGUUGUCCCUACAACACCAGCUGAUGUUGAUGCUGAAGAUAAAAGAGUUGAAGAAAGUGUAAUUGUUGCUGAAGUUGUAGAUGUCAUCACUUCCCGUGAAGCUGAAGUUGUUGCUGAAGAUGAGGAAAAUGUUGAUCUCGUUAGAGCUGAUGCUCAAGACGAAGACCUUCCUAUCACCUCUAUAGUUAAUGCUGAUGAUGAGGAAGAUGAGGAUGAUGACAAAGAAGCUGAUGAUCCUCUUUCCUCUCUUGAUGCUAGAAAAUAUCUUGGUGCUGAUGAUGAUGAUGAUGACGAUGACAAUGACGAUGAGAACGACUUCACCAUUCAAUACCACACCAAACCAGCUGCCGCUCAGAAAGGAGUCUCUCUGAGGGAAUCUUCGUCCUGGGGGAGAAAGAAAAAGGAGAAAUAG